CUUCUCAAGUCCCUGGUACUUCUCUGUUUUCUUGUUCUUCAUCUUCUUUCUGAUGUUAUCCGCUGGGAUUGCUGCAUCGAUUAAACCACCACUACGUCUAGUUGGUUGGUCAGCAGCUGUUUGUCUGGAACUUCAAGUCCCACAGGAUCUUAGCCCUGUUGUUCUCAACCACCUUUGGUGCUGUCUCCCAUUGGGAGUUGGGGACUUCUAGUCUAUAUGUAGCACAGAUGUUGCUAAACACUGUCUCAACCACUUGAUUGUCCUUGUCAGGGUACACUGUCCCAACUUGCGUCUUACAUCCUGUUGCACAGUCUUCAACUCGGGUUCUGUCAGCUGUGGCAGACUCCUGCCUCUAUAGAUCUGGUGCUUAGGGCUUGUUCUUGUGCUGCCAUGAUUAGAGUGUCUUGGUUGUCCUUUAGGCUGGCCUUUUCUAGCCACUAGUAGGAUUUCUUGAUGUCAGCCACUUUCUCUGUUGAUGUAUGCAGGGGCUUGGUUGUUCAUGAUAGUUCCUCCUCCUGUUCCUCGUUGCCAUAGCCAUCCUCUGAGUAGCUCAUCUUGUGGACCAUCUUCCCGAAUUAACUGUGGAUGCUUUGUGUUUCCUCUUGAAUUGUGGCUCUGAAUCUCACUAAUUCUUACCUUCUCUCUUCCCAUUGCACUUAGAACUUCAGGCCAUUGGACAUUGGGUGCAGAACUCCAUGCAUUUUGAGAAGCCUCACACUUUUCCAAUCUGAAUGACGCCCCAAUGCCCUUGCAGUAGAUCCUGCAAGCUAAUCGGCUAGUUCACUCCCGGCAUACAGCUUGAUGUCAUCAUAUGGGAGGAUUUUCUCAUCAGCACUGGCAAGAUCUUUACAUACUGUAAUAACUUAUAACUGUGAGAGGAGUGCUUUUUCAUAAUGAGAGACAGAUUGGUGGAGUUGCAGCAGAAGGCUCAAGAGUUAUCUGUGGUUGCAACUGAGAAUACCAAUCCUUUCUCAGUGGAGGAUGAUGAUGACGACUCUGUGGCGUUUGGGGUCAUAAAGCCACAAGCUGUGGUGUUUGAGGAGGAGCCAGUCAUUCAGGACUUUCUGUCAGAGGUUGAGCAUAUACAAGAUGACAUUGCAGUGCUGGAAACAGAGGUCCUUAAGUUCACUCAACAGCAAAAGACCAUGGUGGCAACCAUGCGUCGUUUUAGUGUGAUGAAAAAAGAGAGCAGCAUAACACGAGACAUAAAGCUCAGGGCUGAAAGCCUCCACCGUCGUUUAGACAACCUUUCGAAACAGGUCCAGAAAACUAUGGAGCAGCAGGGACCUACUGCUGCUUUAACGAGAAUACAAAGCUCCCAACAUGCAGCACUACUCCGCCGCUUCCAGCAGGUAAUGCGAGAGUAUAAUGAAGGCCUGCUGACCAAGCAAGAGCGCUGUAAGCACUUCAUUAUCCGGCAGCUGGAGGUAUCAGGAAAACCUGUAACAGAGGAGGAGGUGGAUGAGAUGGUGGCCACCGGAAAUUGGGAGGUGUUCAACGAGAACCUGCUGAAUGAUGUCAGAAUCACGCGGACACAAUUAUCUGAGAUCGAACAGCGACACAAGGAGUUGUUGAGCCUGGAGAACAAUAUGAAGGAGCUUCGGGACCUCUUCAUGGACAUUUUCAUGCUGGUGGAGGAACAGGGGGUCUUUAUUGAACACAUUCAGACCAAUGUAGAGAUGACGCAGGAUUACGUGGUUGCAUCUAAUGAGAAGUUUAAGGCAGCUGCCAGGUAUAAGAAGAGGAACCCAAUUCGACAGCUUUGCUGUUGCUGCUGCCCUCCAUGGCGAUGCUGCUUGUAAUACAUAGAAUAAUUUGAAUCAUAGCUUAUUGGAAAACUGAUUUUACUUCAUUUUACCUGUUGGAAGUAAGUAACACUGGCUUUCAGUACCGCUAAAGUGACAGGAAAGGUACUGAACUUUUGGCUGUUGAACAGAGCAACAGUGAAGACAGAUUCAACAGAGCAUAGAAACCAAUUAGGGGGAAUGGGCCAGAAUUGGUAUGGGAGGCACCUAUUUCGUUCAAGAAGGUGUGAAGCAGCUGCUAUUAGAAGAGACAGUUCUGUGAGUGCUACUCACCAACACUGUUGCUUACUGGAGACCUUCACUGUCAUCUGACAGAGGUCACAAACAAGGGGAGGCCACUGACUUUGCUACAUCAGCAAGACUGAUAUCUUACCGAUUUUUCUUUUUUUUUUUUUUUUCUUUUGUCCUGCUACACGAACUCUUGAUAAUGACUUGUGGCUUGUUUUUAAUACAUUAUCUGCACUUUAAAAUGUCUUUCCUUUUCUUUUGAGCACAAACAUAAAUUUACUUUAAGAGUGGCAUUGAGCCAUUAGAUAUUCAUUCCAGUCUUGGUCCACAUGCUGAUGGAAAAAAGUUGUUUUACAAUUAGUCAUUAGUCUCAUUUGCAUUUCAAAGUAAGAUCAUUUUCAGUGAAAGAAAAAAGUAAUUAAUUUAUGCACUUUCACAUAGACGUAUUCAAAUAAAACUUUGAAUAAUGAGGCUUGAUCAAAAUAUUUCUGCCAUAAUCACAAAACUGCAGGAAAUCAUCGAAGCCAUUUGUGUAAAAAUAAGGGCGAAAAUUACAUUUGAGGAAAUUCAUUAAAUUCUUUAUGUUUUGCA